UCAGAAUGGAUCAAGAGGCCCCUCAGGAAUGGCCUCCUCUGGAUCCAGAGCCACCCUGGAUGUUCCCAAGGGCUGCAGUGUGGAUUUUUCAUUCCCAAGGCGUGGCCAGAUGGAGGAAGAGGAAAAGCCCCAGAGAUCAGACACGAAGGGGGCCUGCAAACCCAGCCCAGGGAAGGAGGAAAGACCCUCCCUGUCCCACGAAGGUGGCCAGAGAUCCAGCCAGAGCUCAGAGCUGGUGGAGAAGCCUCAGGGCGAGGAGAAGCCCCACAAGUGCUUGGAAUGUGGGAAGGGCUUCAGCCGGAGCUCCCAUCUGAGGGAACACAAGAACAUUCAUGCGGGGGAACGGCCCUAUGAGUGUGGGGAAUGUGGGAAAGGCUUCAGCCAGAGCUCCCACCUGAGCCAGCACCAGAAGAUCCACACUGGGGAGAAGCCCUAUGAGUGUGGAGAAUGUGGGAAGGGCUUUGUGCGGAGCUCCCAGUUGAGGGAACACCAGAGGAUCCACACUGGAGAAAAGCCCUACCAGUGUGGGAAAUGUGGGAAGAGCUUCAGCUGGAGCUCCAGCCUGAUCCAGCACCAGGUGAUCCAUACUGGGAAACAAGCCUAUGAGUGCUUGGAAUGUGGAAAGAGCUUUGGGUGGAGCUCUGCCCUGAGAAACCACCAGCUCAUCCACUCUGGGGAGAAGGCCUACGAGUGUCCGGAGUGUGGGAAGAGGUUCUCCAGGAGCUCUAACUUGACCCAACACCUACGGAGGCACCGGUAAGGGAAGCCUUGCGAGUGCCCCGAGUGCAGGAAGCACUUCAUUCGCUGCUGUAUCUGCAUCCCCCAUGGGAGGAUCAGUGUUGGAUGAUCCCCAGUGACCCCUAUUGGGCAGAGCCUUGGUGAUCCCUGUUCUGGGUGAUCCGCGUUGAGUGGGAGGAAAGUGUUGAAGAGAUUUCUUUCCCUUUUCCUUGUGCUGCUGUGAUUUGUUUGGUAAUAAAUUUGCUCCCUGUGCCCAGGCUGGGUCUGUCUGGCCAUGCCGGUGCUCAGGGUAGGAUCUCUCCUGGUCCUUCUCUCAA